GAGCGUGAGAUGGGAGAUGUGAAUCUGCUGUUCCCCCAGUUGGUCUCAGUUCCCGCGUGCCUCUCAUAGUGUGAACAUCUCGCCGCGCUGCAUAUCAGUGGUGGGUGUAGCUAUAGGUCUGACUCAUCUGUAUAGCACUUUGGGCUGAGGGGAUGGGAUUUGAUUAUCACAGCACCCACUUACAAUUUUAAAAACAAGAGCGGAUGUUUUUCUAAACGAUCCGCCCUAGGAAAUAUGUGUGGACAUUCUAUGGCCUGUGUUGUACAGAUCACAAUGGUCCCUUCUGGUCUCAGAGUCUAUGAAUCUUUUACAGCAUGGAUUCCCUCUCAUCCAGAAAAACUACCAAAGAAGAUGGAGGCAGAACUGAGAAUCUGCUGCUGAUCAGAACCGACUUUGUUUUGAGGCCGUGUGUACCCACACUUGAACCGCUUCAGCUGAACUGGUGCAAGCGCGUGUGUGGACACUCUUAUUUCAGUUUAGCUUAAACCUCUUCCUAGAGGACUUGGAGCUAAAUCGCAAUCAGUCUGGUUAAAAUGGGAACACACGCACACGCUUUUCACUGGCUGAGCAUCACGCCUUUAAACUAAACUGGUGCACAACUGAAUGUACAUGGAUCCUGAAUCGCAGAGAGUUGUAGCCAGUGAGAUUGAGCUGCUCAGAGUCCAGCAUGCCCCCCAGGGACUCCAAGAGAGAGGCGAGAUGGAGGAGCACUUUAACUGCAGUGGAGGUGUGGAGAAAGGCCCUGGGUCUAACCACACCCUCAGGGAAUGUGCUUCCCGUCAAGUCCUAGUCCCAGCUGCCGUCCUAGCUGCAGCCGCAGUUUUUAUGUUGAUCGCCCUCAUCACUAUCGCUGCUCUAGCAGAACUUUUAAGAGUGGAAAAAUCCAAACCUCUGGCUGCUCCGGGCCCCCCUGCUGGGCCCUGCUGCCCGGACGGCUGGAUCGGGUACCGAGGGAAAUGCUACUAUUUCUCAGAGACUGACGGGAACUGGACCUACAGCCAGAGCCAGUGCUCUGCACUCAACGCCUCCCUGGCUGCGAUCGACAGUGAGCAGGAAAAGGAUUUCCUGCUGCGCUAUAAGGGCUUCCUCGACCGUUGGAUCGGCCUCCAGAGGGAGCCAGGCCAGCCCUGGAGAUGGCCCAACGGCACAGAAUUCGACAACCGAUUUCCAAUAAGAGGAGGUGGCGACUGUGUUUUUCUGAUUGAUGAGGACUGGUUCGGCAGCUCGCGGUGCAGAACAUGGAGACGCUGGAUCUGCAGCAAACCUGAUGCCCGUACAAUGGGGAAGGGAUGUGCUGUGGAGUCAAAACUUUGAGACUCUUAGGAACUAGGCUUGGAAAAGCUGUAUUGGGGAGACACCUUCCAUUACCUGUAGAUGAAGGAAGCUGCGUCUUUAUUCCUUACAGACUCUCCCCAGGGCUUCCCUAGUUUUUAUUCACCCAUUGGAAGGAGUGGGGGGAAGCAGAAAAGCUUUUCCAGCUCUUAACUUUGAAUGAACCAUUAACCGAACUGAACUUGUUGAAUAAAUUGAAAAGAAGAAAAUAUUCUCUCUACACCUGCAGAAGAGGUUACUGUUCUUCAAAAGCUGGUUUAGCACUUCAGCAAACUCCGGUCAGAUCCUCAGUGGUUCAGGAGCCAAAUUAGGGAUCUGUGUGACCCAAAAGAACCACACUCGUGUGAAUCCAUUGUUUCAUUUCCUAUUAUAUAUCUGAUAUAUACACCACCAUGUAGUCUCACAGCAACUGACCAAGUAUUCUUUUAUUUUAUGACUGUCCAGAUAUUAUUUUAUCAACUACAAUUGGUUAAUAACAUAGUAAAAUCAUCCUGAUUGGUUAAUAACUUAGCUUAGUUAAUAUUUAAUUCGCAGUGUUUUAAUAUCAAGCGCUUCAGGAGACACAUUAGAGAGCAACACUGCUAUAGGUUGGUGAUACAGGAAAGGCUGAAGGCAAGGGUGUGGCAGAGGGAUUUACCCGCUGAUGUCUCCAUGCUGGAGCCAGAGGGAGCUGAGGGCCAGGGGAGCAGUGGCAGGGCCGAUCUGCUAGAGAUGAAAGGUAACAGAACAGGGCGAGUGCUGGAUAUUUCUCGGGUGAGGAUGAACUCCUCGGGGAGAGGCUGCUGGGAAGAGUGGGUUUGCACUCCAGCUGGGGUGGCUGACAUGGCAGAAGGACAGGAGCGAAUCAGAGAAGAGCCCUAGGGUGGUGAAAGACAUUGAUGGACCAGAUGUCAUGGGAUUUUAAGGACUAUAUGCAUGGGGGCUGAUAAAUGGACUAUGUUUUGGAACCUGUUGUUAUGGAGUAUUUGCACAAGGUUUUCAUAAUAAACUGAUCCCAGGGAUGGGGCUGAUCAGGGUGGAUACGCUCUGACAUUAAAAAUCAAAAUUGGAUUUUUUUCAGAUUUUUUUAUUUAAAUUAAAACAAGUUUAUUUUUUUACAUGUAAGCAGAGUCAAGAUGAGCUCUACCCUGACAUCUGGUGGUGAAUUAUGGCAAGUGUGGAAAAGAACUUCAGGGGUUGAUCUUGUUUGCACAGGCACACCCACCCUACCUAGCAUAGCCCACAGCAGCCUAAAAUGAUCACUUUGACAGCUGUGGGAUCCUCAAUUUCUCUGUUAUUGGGGCAGGAGGAAUAAAGUGUUGUUAUCCUGA